AUGUUGUCGCGAUACACUCUUUCGGCGGUGGCGCUGUUGGCGUCGCUUGCCCAGCCUGCCGUCGCUCAGGUUUCAACUAAAUGUAACCCGAUGAACACCACUUGCCCUGCCGACCCGGCCUUCGGAAUGGACUACAACUUCAACUUUAAUGCCACCCCGUCGACUGAUGCCUGGGAGACAACCGUUCGCCCGGUCAAGUACACGGCUGAAAACGGCGCCGAGUUCACGAUCAGCAAGCAGGGUGAAUCCCCCACGAUCCGCACCAAGUUCUACUUCUUUUUCGGUCGUACCGAGAUCCAUUUGAGGGCGGCCACCGGUAAGGGAAUCGUGAGCUCCAUGAUGUGGCUUAGUGAUACGCUGGAUGAGGUCGACUGGGAAUUUCUCGGCGUGAAGAAUGAUGCCUUGAGUAACUUCUUUGGAAAGGGUGUCGAGGACUUUAAGAACGGCGCCGAGCAUGCCGUUUCAGGAAGCAUUCACUCCGACUUCCACAAUUACACCACCGUCUGGACCAAGGACAAGCUUGAGUGGUGGGUGGAUGGCGCCCUUGUGCGCACGCUUCUCCCGGCGCAGGCCAACAACGGCCAGUCGUACCCUCAGACCCCCAUGCGGCUCAGUCUCGGUAUUUGGGCCGGUGGUGACCCUCGCAUGGCUCCCGGUACAAGGGAGUGGGCUGGAGGAGAUACCGACUACGCUGCUGGCCCCUACACGAUGUAUGUCAAGUCUGCACAGGUUACCGAUUACAGCUCUGGAAAGGAGUACUCUUUUGGCGACAAGUCAGGCUCAUGGGAGAGCAUCAAGAUCACUGAGGGUAACUCAACCGUCAAGGAGGCCCUUUUGGAGGAGCCUAGCAAGUCCAUGAAAGAAAAGUUCGAAACUCUCAGCCCUACUGCCAAGACGGCCGUGGCCGCAUCUAGCGUUGGUGUUGGUUGUGCCCUCAUCGCCUUUGGAUUGUGGUACUUUUUCCGCCAACGUAGACGUGGUGCCGCCGAGGCUGCCUUGGCAGCUCGCAGAGCCGAGGAGGAGCGUCUCGAGAUGGAGCGUUUCCAGAAGAGCGGCAUUGACCCCGAUUCAUUCAACGGCGCAACAGGAACGGAGUACAACGCCAAGGAUUUCAGCAAGAAUGGUAUGGUCCAGGAGAACUCCUACAGCGUCCCCGCAACUCAGGACCGCGCCGUUUGGGAUACCGCACCAGCGAUCACUGCCGGCGCCGCAGGUGGCAUGCCCUCGUACACCAAUGCUCCGAACGGCCAGACACCUACUCUCCCUCCGUUGAGAACGCAGAGCCCCAGCGUGCCUCCCUCGGGCCCUCUGCCGAUGGCGCCAGCCCGUACUGCUUCCCACGGCGGCUACUCGAGACUCGGCUCACCUGACCAGCAUAGUCCUCCGCCCAUGAGCCCUCCUCAUGGCGGUUACAGUGACAAUGCGUUCGGCAACCAACAAAACUACGGCAACAAUGGAUUUGGAGGCGCAAAUCAAGGGUACUGGAACAAUGGUGGCUCCCAGGGUGGCUUCCGGUAG